GCUCCGCCCCCAACCCGCUGGCCCCGGCCCUGAAGGCGUCCCGCUGACGUUAUUAGGGCGCGUCUCCCCGCCGCCGGCGCUUACUACCGUGCGGCCGGGCGCAGCCAUGUGCCAGGUUGGCGAGGACUACGGGGACCCAGCGCCCGAGGGACCGCCGCCACCGCGCCCUGGCCGUGAGCUGAAGUGUGUGAAGUGCUCGGAAGGCCUACCCGUGGUGGUGAUUCGAGCAGGAGAUGCCUUCUGCAGGGACUGUUUCAGGGCCUUCUACAUCCACAAGUUCAGAGCCGUGCUUGGGAAGAAUCGGUUGAUCUUUCCGGGUGAGAAGGUGCUCCUGGCAUGGUCUGGGGGGCCUUCAUCCAGCUCCAUGGUCUGGCAGGUCCUUGAGGGCCUGAGUCGGGAUUCUGCCAAAAGACUGCGUUUUGUGCCAGGGGUUGUAUACGUCGAUGGUACAUGUCCUGUGGUUUCCACCAGAAGGCUUCGUAGAGUUGCUCCCAGGACAUGGCCUUAUCCCAUCUUGGGCUCUCCUGUAGUCAUGAUUCCUUUCUGCCUGCACUUAGAGGGAGCAGCUUGUGGCCAGAGCCGGGAGGACAGAGCAAAAACUCUGUCUGAUGUGAAGCGGAUCCUACAGACCCUCGGCUUCCCGUGGCACGUUGUCACCUUGGAAGAGGUGUUUGCCCUGCCGCCGUCCGUGCUGCGCUGCUCUGCCCCGGAGCCGGUGGGGACUGUGGGCACCUACAAGGUGGCUGUGGACAGUUUCCUUCAGCAGCAGCAUACGCUGGAGGCUGAGGGCGUUGGGGACAGCCCCAGCUCAGCCCAGGGGGAGGCGCAGCCGAGCCAGCCCUGCACCCAGGACCCCCAGAACCUGGCUGAGCCACCCCCGGCUGCCCAGACCGAGGCUCUGUCCCGACUGUUUGACUCCGUGAAGACGUUGACGGCCAAAGAGGAGCUUCUGCAGACCCUGCGGACCCACCUGAUCCUGCACGUGGCUCGGACCCAUGGCUACUCCAAGGUGAUGACAGGAGACAGCUGUACCCGCUUGGCCAUCAAACUCAUGACCAGCCUGGCACUGGGGAGAGGGGCCUUUCUCGCCUGGGACACGGGCUUCUCCGACGAGCGGCACGGCGACGUGGUGGUGGUACGGCCCAUGCGUGAGCACACGCUGAAGGAGGUUGCCUUCUACAACCGCCUGUUUGCCGUUCCCUCUGUCUUCACCCCAGCCAUCGACACCAAGGCCCCCGAAAAGGCCAGCAUCCACCGGCUGAUGGAGGGCUUCCUACUCCGACUGCAGGCCCAGUUCCCCUCCACAGUCAGCACCGUGUACAGGACCAGUGAGAAGCUGGUCAAGGCCCCCAGGGAUGGCUGUGCCUCUGGCCCCCGCUGCCUGCUCUGUAUGUGCUCGCUGGACGUCGACACUGCUGAUAGUGCCACAGCUUUCGGGGCUCAGACCCAGGAUUUCUCCCAGAUGCAGCCCCCCACCCCACUGGCUGAGGCUGGGGCCCCCACCGUGCCUUGCCGUUCUGCAGAGGUGGGCAGGGCCCCGAACUGCUGCCAGGGGACCAGGCCGUGCAGGAGGGAGGACUCCCGAGCCCGUGUCAUCAAGCAGCUGUGCUACGGCUGCCGCGUGAACAUGAAGGAUGUGCCCUCCUUGGACCCCCUGCCACCUUACAUCUUGGCCGAGGCCCAGCUCCGCAGCCAAAGGCUCUCGCCAGAGAUCCAGGAGUAUCUGCUGGAGAACAGUGACGACAGGGCGCACGCCAGCGGGAGCGGAGCCUGGGGCCCCCCGGAGGACGGGGGCGAGGAGGGGCAGACAGUCUGCGAUUGUAUAAAUAAAAACAUUUUUAAUUAGAAAACCCUACAGUACGCAUGGGCAAGGGAAGG